AUGGAAUCCGAGAUGAGUGCCCAGCUGCAGGUCUUCUCUCCGCCCUCCAUCUCGUCCAGUGCCUUUUGUAGGGUUAAGAAGCUGAAGGUGGAGAGCGGAGCAUGGGAUGUGACGAGCAGCGAGGCGUAUGCGGCGUACCCCUUCAGCACGGCGGCAAUGGCGGUGCCUGCGUUCGCCCCGUCGCUGGUGUUUGCCCCCAGCGUGGCCGGUUCCAGGGGGCAGGUGGUGGUGAGGGCAGCUGACAGCACCGGGAGUGUUGCCCGAGGGUCCAGCAGGAGAGUCGCAGAGUACAGCCACGUGGAGUCCAGCUCGGACACACGCAGUCACCGGCAUGGGCACAAGCGUAAGCACACCGACUCGCAAGGCAGCGGCUGUGGCAGCGUGCAGAUCCUGGAGGAGCUCUCGGCCCCCGCAGCACCCUACUCCACGCGGGCUGCUAACGGAGGCACCACCACGGGCCAGUCCAUCCCCCACUCCGCCCCCACCACCAAGAGCAGCUCGUCCAGCGGGGAGGGCGACUACCAGCUGGUGCAGCACGAGAUCCUCUGCUCCGUGGCCUCUUCCUACGAGGUGCUGGAGUUCCUGGGCCGCGGGACGUUCGGGCAGGUGGCCAAGUGCUGGAAGAGGGGGACAAAUGAGAUCGUGGCCAUAAAGAUCCUCAAGAACCACCCAUCGUACGCACGGCAGGGGCAGAUAGAGGUGGGCAUUCUGAACCGGCUUAGUGCGGAGAACGCAGAUGAAUACAACUUUGUGCGUUCGUACGAGUGCUUCCAACACAAAGGCCACACCUGCCUCGUGUUUGAGAUGCUGGAGCAGAACCUCUACGACUUCCUGAAGCACAGCAAGUUCAGCCCUCUGCCGCUGCGCCACAUCCGGCCCAUCCUGCAACAGGUGGCCACGGCGCUGAUGAAGCUGAAGAGUCUGGGUCUGAUCCACGCAGACCUGAAGCCGGAGAACAUCAUGCUGGUGGACCCUCUGCGGCAGCCAUACCGAGUCAAGGUCAUCGACUUCGGUUCCGCGAGUCACGUGUCCAAAGCCGUGUGCUCCACCUACCUGCAGUCGCGCUACUACAGGGCUCCAGAGAUCAUCCUCGGCCUGCCCUUUUGCGAGGCCAUCGACAUGUGGUCUUUGGGCUGCGUCAUCGCGGAGCUGUUUCUGGGCUGGCCUCUUUACCCCGGAGCCUCGGAGUACGACCAGAUACGGUACAUUUCUCAGACUCAGGGUCUUCCAGCCGAGUAUUUGCUCAGCGCCGGCUCCAAAACAAGCCGCUUCUUCAACAGAGGCCCAGACUCCAGCUACCCCCUGUGGAGACUCAAGACUCCGUCAGAGCACGAGAUGGAGAUGGGCAUCAAAUCCAAAGAAGCCAGAAAAUACAUUUUCAACUGCCUCGACGACAUGAUGCAGGUGAAUCUGUCCUCUCACCUGGAGGGCACAGACAUGCUGGCAGAGAAAGCCGACAGGAGAGAGUUCAUUGAUCUCCUGAAACGAAUGCUCCGACUCGACGCUGAUAAAAGAAUCACUCCGACCAAAACUCUGGGACAUCCCUUUGUGACCAUGAGCCAUCUCAUGGACUACCCCCACAGCUCACAUGUAAAGUCGUGCUUCCAGAACAUGGAGAUCUGCAAAAGAAGGACUUCCUACGACAGCAGUAAAUCUUUAUACUCCACUAAUGUGCCCAGCGCUGCAGCAGGAAACCUCACUGUGACUUUCAGCAGCCAACUCAACCAGCAUAACCAGGUGCCUUCAGCAGGUGGCGCUGUGCCUUUGCUGAACUACCAGCCGGCUCUGUAUCAACAGGCGACGAUCAACAUCCCAGGCCUGCAGCAGAGCGUCCCCCUCCCCACACGAGCCAGCGGCCUGUGCAGCCAAUCGGAGCCUUUCCAACAGACCCUCAUCGUCUGCCCCCCCUCCUCCAUACAAGGGCUCCAGUCGUCCUCAAAGAGCUCCAGUUUUCCUGUGCGCAUGGAGAGCUCUGUCCCUUUAGUCCCACAGAACCAGUCGGGCCAGUCCCUGCAGUUGCAGCCCAGUAUGCUCGCACAGGGCUCGUGCACUCCACUGAUGGUGGCCACGCUCCACCCCCCCUCCACAGGCCUGGGCCCACAAUACUCUCUGCCUCUGGGGCGGCCGCUGCUGGAACACACAGCCACAGUGCUGCAGGCCUGGCCAUCAGGAGCUCAGCAGAUCCUCAUCCCCUCCUCGUGGCAGCAGGUCUCUGGGAUAAACCUCCACCAGAGCGCCCUGAGCCAGGACCAGACUCCUCUGCACCAGGAGGGGACAGCACAGGCGCACAGCUGGAGAAAUACUUCCCAGACAAAGACUCAGGAGAGGAAGAAGGUGAAGGCCCGACGAGGAGAGACCAGGAACAGGAGCGUUGUGGCCUCCUCACUGCUCGCCGCCAGCGUCAUAAGCCCCGCCUCUGCUCUGUCUCAGCCAAUCAUCAUCUCUGACACGCCCAGUCCAGCCGUUAGCAUCAUCACCAUCCACAGUGACACAGACACGGAGGACGAGAGGAAGUUCCACCCGGCCAGUGUGAGCCUGAGCCAGAGGGCCAACGUGAUCAGCUGUGUGACGCUGCUGGACUCGGACUCCUCUAACGCCAGCCCCCUGACCCCCCUGCCCUCCCUCUCCUCCCGACACAAAGGCCUGUCUCUGCUCGCGCCGGUCAAGACCCAGAGCACAGAGACCCCCGUGACCCGGCCGCGACUGGACACCGUAAAUGUGAAGACGAAGCGCUCGAGCCGUCAGUCCUGCAGCGAGUCUGAGAGGCACCGUGUGAUGCCCAGUCAGUCCCACCCUCUCAACCUCAGCCAGGCCCAGUCCGUGUCCUCCUCUCAGGACGACUCCUCGGUCCUGCGCUCCUUCGCCUCCUCACACUUCUUUCCCGACGUCUCCGCUCUCACCUCCACCUCCUCGGGGGCCUCUCUCUACUCCUACCCGGCCUCCAGCGCCCUGUCCUCAGCCUCGCAGGCCCUGGACCACCUGCUGUCGUCCUCCGCCCCCAGCUCCCGGAGAGACUCUGCCGCCCCGAGGAAGGAGGCCGUGGGCGGGCUGCUGCACCACGCGCUGCCCGCCUACGCGCCGCAGUUCCCCGCUGCCGCUUCCUACAUGAGCGACGCGUACACGGCCUUCCAGCUCAGCCCGCGCCGCAUGCCACAGUAUCCGUACUUGUGA